AUGUUCAUCGCCACGCUCAUCGCUCACUACAAGUUGAACAGACCCACAUACAUUACUAUUGUUUAUUCAUUCAUUCCGCAGACCCUCAAGCAUCCGAACCUCGUGAACCUCCUGGAGGUGUUCAGGAGGAAGCGCCGGAUCCACCUGGUGUUUGAGUUUUGCGAGAACACCGUUCUGAGCGAGCUGGAGCGCCAUCCUCGUGGGCUCCCUGACGCACACGUGAGGAAGUACACCUGGCAGAUUCUGCAGGCUGUGAACUACUGCCACAAGCACAACUGCAUCCACAGAGACGUGAAACCGGAGAACAUCCUCAUCACUAAACACGGCGUCGUCAAGCUGUGUGACUUUGGAUUUGCCAGAUUGCUGACGGGCCAGGAGGACCGCUAUACGGACUACGUGGCCACGCGCUGGUACCGCGCGCCCGAGCUGCUGGUCGGGGACACCCAGUACGGCCCGGCCGUCGACGUGUGGGCCGCCGGGUGCGUCUUCGCCGAGAUGCUGUGCGGAAACGCCCUGUGGCCCGGCAACUCGGACCUGCACCAGCUGCACCUCAUCACCAAGACCCUGGGAGACCUCAUACCAUGGCAUAAGCAAGUCUUCAUGUCGAACCAGUUUUUCAGCGGGGUCUCCAUCCCUGAUCCCAUCAAAUUGGAGCCUCUCGAGGAGAGAUUCCCACGGAUUUCUGCACCCAGCCUUAGCCUCAUGAAGAGCUGCCUGAAAAUGGACCCCGCGGGACGGCUGACGACCGCGGGUCUGCUGGAGCAGCCGUACUUCGACGGCUUCCGUGAGGACACGGACAGGGCCAGGGACGAGGCGGAGCGAGCGAACCACAAGGGAGACCGGGCCACGCGCCGGGGGCCCGCGAUACAGCCUCUACCGCAGCUGAUGGGAAACAAUCCUGUCUUACCCGUGCCAGAAAGCCGCAAAUAUUUCCGUUCCAAGUACAACCACCUUCCCAACAUCGGCGCGCCCUACAGAGAUGGCCAUUUCGGUGGGCUGCGUUAACUUUAAAAGUUCUAAAUAAAGAUUUGCCAAGAGAGGAAACCUCCCCAUAAACAAACGGAGCCAUGGUCAUUCGAAGAGAUUUAUAUCCGCAUUAUAUUUCCCCAUUAUUUGGAUUACCAAUGACCAGAAAAACAUUACAAGACUGGUGAGCGUCCAUUCAAAGUAUGAAUUUGCAUUUUUAUAAUUGUGCUCUUGUAUUGCCGAGAUGACGUAUGUACUCUAAUAUUGUAUAGAUGUGCUCCUGAUUGAAAUCAGACUUUAUCUAACCAAAUUAAUUUAGCAUCUGCAGUGUGAUCUAUGAUUGAGUCUAAUCAAUGGUGACGAUAAUCACACACACGGUGCAGCUGACCUUCUCGAAGGUUCAAAGGUUGAAUAUUUUGACGUUAAAUUCGGUGCCACAACAUUGCGAAUUUUGGUUUGUUGCCAGCUCAGAGCCAUAAGCAAUAGAAACGAUUCUUCGCGAUGUGAUCCAUUUAUUCAUCGAGUGACGGCCGGGGAUGAAUAUGAACCACCCACAACACCGCCUCUGUCUCAAAAAGACUGAAGCGUUAUAACGGAGACAUUCUGCUUUAUAACGGAGGCAUUCUGCUUUAUAAUGGAGGCAUUCUGCUUUAUAACGGAGGCAUUCUGCUUUAUAACGGAGGCAUUCCGCUUUAUAACGGAGGCAUUCUGCUUUAUAACGGAGGCAUUCUGCGCUAUAACGGAGGCAUUAUGCUAUAAACGGAGGCAUUCUGCUUUAUAACGGAGGCAUUCUGCUUUAUAACGGAGGCGUUCUGUUUUAUAAGAGAGGCGUUCUGCUUUAUAACGGAGGCAUUCUGCUUUAUAAUGGAGGCAUUCUGCUUUACAACGGAGGCAUUCCGCUUUAUAACGGAGGCAUUCUGCGUUAUAACGGAGGCAUUCUGCGUUAUAACGGAGGCAUUCUGCUAUAUAACGGAGGCAUUCUGCUUUAUAACGGAGGCAUUCUGCUUUAUAACGGAGGCAUUCUGCUAUAUAACGGAGGCAUUCUGCGUUAUAACGGAGGCAUUCUGCUAUAUAACGGAGGCAUUCUGCUUUAUAACGGAGGCAUUCUGCUUUAUAACGGAGGCAUUCUGCUUUAUAACGGAGGCAUUCUGCUUUAUAACGGAGGCAUUCCGCAUUGCGCUAAAACUGUUCCCAUUUGGGUUGAUAUCUCGGAAGUGGCCGUGUUGCUAUUGUAUAUUAUCGAUUUUUGAUUCACGUGGUUUUACUGCAACCGUUUACUAUGUACGCCCAUGUAAUUAAACAUAUACUCUAUGAA